AUGGAUACUUUCAUGAACGUGGAACGUCGUCAAAAGGUGCAUUCAGUUUGUGCGUGGCGUGGGGAGACUAGCAUCAAGAACAUCACGAAGAAAGACUGUCACAGAACAACGAGAACGUACCGUUUUCCGGAUUUCAUAAGAAGUAAGAAAAAGCAAAAAUCAUCACAACACAAGCAAGAAGAAGUUUCUACGAUCGACGCCAUUUUCAAAGAAAAACAGAAAAGUGCGAGAAGGUUCUUCGUAGCUGGACAACACGAGGCCUCCACGAAGCGCCAAGCAGUCUCCAGCGGCGUGGGGCAGCGUGGGGCAUCAAGGAACAUCGAGGGACAUCGCGAAUCAGCUAAAAUAACAAUCGUGUGGGAAAAAUUUGAAAACUCGAGUGUGGAAAUAGAAUGUUUGUUGGAAACUGAAGAAGCUGUACAGAAACAUAUAGAAGAUUUUGAAGGUUAUGAGAAGAUUUAUUACGAAGUCAUGUCGAGAGCAAAACAAAUGUUAAAGGAAUUUGCAAUUCAACAACAGAUGAAUAAUACCAUUCAAGCUCCAGCCACCAGUGUCAAAGUAAAACUACCUACCAUUUCUAUUCAUCCAUUUUCUGGAGAAUAUGAUCAAUGGCUCUCUUUCAAAGAUUCAUAUGUAAAAUCAGUUCAUAAUCAACAGGAUAUCCCGAAAGUACAAAAGUUUCAAAUUCUCAAAGGUCUACUGAAAGGCGACGCUUUAAAUAUAAUAUCAUCGUUAGAAGCAACAAAUGAUAACUACGAUGAAGCAUGGAAGCUACUUCAAGCUACAUCUCAAGGGAAUGUUAUUGACAAAACGAGAACUCAUUUGCGUUCGCUCAAGACACUGGGUGAACCUACAGACAACUGGGAUACCAUCAUUAUUUAUCUGAUUAAUAACAAGCUUGAUCGACAGCUAAGAGACGAAUGGGAAAAAGAAGUUGAUUACGAAGAAGAAGCACAACAGCCAACAUUGGACAAGUUUAUGAAGUUUUUGGAGAAAAGAUACAUGAUGAUGGAGAUAUCGUAUCGUGGCAAAUCAGGACAAGAACAUUCACAAGCAACAAACAACAAGAAGGAGAAAAGGGUAACUCUCACCACAACAACAACAGGUACGAAGGAGAACGGGAACCCUACUUUAAAGUGUGCAUGUGGUUCUGGUCAGCACAACAUAUACCAGUGUGAACAAUUUCUAAAGUUAACACCAGAACUUAUUAACCACGAAAUUGUUAGAUUGAAGCUAUGCGUAAACUGUUUGAGACCAGGGCAUUUUGGCAAGGAUUGCAGAUCACAAUUAUGCAAGAAGUGUGGAUUGAAACACAAUACACUACUGCGCAAAGAAAGAAAUAAGACAGAAGUUCCACAUAAUGAAGGUUCUCCGAUGAAUUUACAAAUUCAACGUGAUCUUCCUGUGUCGACUCACUGCGCUCCCAAAGAAAUAAACAAGAUUCUUUUAUCAACUGUUCAAGUCUACGUCAACCUAUUAACUGAAAAAUUUAUGAAGAGAUUAAAAAUCAAGGGCAAGUCUCGUAAGCUUCCAGUAGCAGGUCUCAACGAAGCCAAUCACAAUAUUCAAAAAUCCGCAGAACUUACACUGAAAUCACUACGUCAAGAUUCACAACAAAGUUGGAAUGUUUGGAAGAAUAGAUAUGCUUAUAGAAGCAGGACUUUUUUGGACAAUUUUGAAAGUGGAAACCACAUUCAGAAGUACAGGCAACCUGCUUUUCAAGAAACUAAACUCGGAUGGAUAGUCGGUGGUGAAUUGCACAUAACAUGCCAACCGACUUCCUUGAAUUGCCUCCUUUUGACAGAAGAUUUGGACGAGAAACUUGAGCAAUUUUGGAAGAUAGAAGAAGUACACACUCAGAAGAAGAAACAAAUACAGCAAGACUUUUGUGAGAUUCACUUUUCUAAGACGCAUACCAGGGAUCGAGAAGGAAGAUUUAUAGUAGAGCUCCCAAAAGACGACAAAGUAAAACUUGGCGAUUCAUUUGAGCAAGCCCUGAGAAGAUUUAAAUCAUUGGAACGACGUUUGGAGAAAAAUGCUGAAUUGAAGAAAGAAUAUACAGAGCUUUUACAAGAUUAUGAGAACCAAGGACACAUGUCUCAAAUUCAAGAUGAAGAAGAUGAAACAACUCAUCAAGUCUAUUACAUUCCACACCAGCCAGUCAUACGAGAAUCAAGCGUAUCGACAAAGUUGAGAGUUGUGUUUGAUGUCUCCGCGAAAACUUCAUUAGGCACCUCACUAAAUGAUAUGCUUCUACCAGGUCCCAAUUUACAAAAUGACCUUGUUCAAAUCUUGUUUAGAUUUAGAACUUGGAGAUAUAUCAUUACUGGUGACGUGGCGCAGAUGUUUAGACAGAUAUAUGUUUCCAAACUCGACCGCAAUCUGCAAAGAAUUUUAUGGCGUAAAAAUCCUGGCGAUCCGAUUCAGAUAUUUAUAUUAAAUACAGUGACACAGGGCACCGCAAAUGCACCAUUUUUGGCAAUGCGUUGUUUGAGACAAAUAAGCCUAGAAGCACGAGCAGAAUUUUCAAGAGCCGCUGAGGCCAUGGAAGACGAUUUUUAUAUGGACGAUUUCCUCUCAGGGGCAAAUUUACUACAAGAAGCCAUCGAAUUACAAGAACAAGUAUCCACAUUGUCAGAAUCAGGCAAGUUCUGUUUAAGAAAAUGGAGAGCAAACGAUAAACGUAUCCUUCAGCAUAUUAAAGAUUCUGAAAAAACCGAUGCAUUAUUGAUUCUCGACGAACAAGCAUCUUCAAAAACAUUAGGUCUGUUGUGGAACAGCAACCUGGAUGUUUUACUGUUUCGCAUUAAUUUACCAGAAGCAGAUCAAGUAUCAAAACGACAAAUUUUGUCAGCUAUCGCUCCAAUCUAUGAUCCUCUAGGAGUUCUAAGUCCUGUUCUAAUAAAAGCGAAACUCAUCAUGCAAGAUUUAUGGAAGCAGAAAUUAGGAUGGGAUGAAGAUCUACCUCAAGAACUCAAAGGUAAAUGGACAACAUUUUCUCAAUCACUGAAGCAAUUAGAAACACUGCAGUUGAAGCUUAACGUACGUCUGGGAAAUCCGGAUAAAGGUAUUGUCAUAUACGGAUUUUCUGAUGCAUCCGAAAAAGCUUACGGAGCCUGCAUUUACAUCACGACCAUGGAUGACAACAAUGUACCAAGCUCAUCACUUCUUUGUUCGAAAUCAAAAGUCGCACCUCUCAAAGUCAUAACACUUCCAAAGUUAGAACUGUGUGCAGUUGUACUGUUAUCAAGAUUGGUCGCAAAUGUUGUCACUGCACUAAAGCUCGAAAAUGUGGAAAUUAAUCUUUGGAGCGAUUCAGCAGUAACUUUGUAUUGGAUUCAAACUGCACCAAGUAAUCUCAAAACCUUUGUAGCUAACAGAGUUGCUGAAACUCAAGAGUUAAGUCAAGAUUAUCAAUGGCGCCACGUUCCCUCAGCAGAAAAUCCUGCAGAUUACGUCUCAAGAGGAGUAUCAGUUGAACAGCUGCUCAUGUUAGAACACUGGUGGAACGGUCCCACUUGGAUCAAUUCAUUGGACGAGUGGCCAGAGCAACGGUUACCGAGCAUUGAAAUACCGGAAAGAAAAUUAGUCAGCACCUUGACAAUUCAUCAAUAUGACAUACUGAGACGAUUUUCAUCGUACAAAAAAUUGCAAAGAGUCAUCGCUUAUUGUUGUCGUUUCAUCAACAUAAAAGUAAAAAAAGCGAUUAUUCAUGGACCGCUGACAGUGAAAGAAUUGGAAGAAUCUGAGUUGCGAGUACUUGCUAUGACUCAAGAAGAAGCAUUUCCGCGAGAAUUAGCAGAUCUACGAGCGAAAGAGGAUCUUGACAAGAAAAGUCAUCUUCUUUCUUUAAACCCCAUUUUACAUACUGAUGGCUUGCUCAGAGUUGGAGGACGACUCAGAAAUGCAGAGAUACCAUAUGCACAAAAACAUCCCGUAAUGAACAACGCGCGGAAUUGUAUCUCAUACGCUAGAUCCAGUGCUGUCGCGGCGAUAGUUUGA